GUGUGUUCUUUAAAUACCCUGCAGUGUCUUCAAAAAAUAACACAAACUGAUUGUUAUUCAUGUCUCUCAAAGCCUCUACUUAAUAUAGUAUGGAGAGUAUCCCUUUUUGCAAUCUGCAUUAUUCAUCUGUAUUGCACUUUUUAUAUGUUACUGCUUUCUGCCCACUCUUUACAUAAUGGGAUACAUACCAUAAGCGUGCAGUGUGAUUGCUGGAGAGGAACUUCUGCUUGAAGAUUUUAGACGUCUUCUAAAGGAGGACUACAUUCCUCUGGGUGCUCCAACUACAGUACAGGACAGCUCUCAGGGAAAGUGUUUUGGUUUGCAGGUGUUUGCCUAGCCUCCCAAGGCUGUUCAAAUGUUAUAUUCAAUGAGUAUACAAUCCAUGCACACAAAUAGUUGAGCUGUACAUUUAUGCACUUAUUCACAUGUGACAUUCAGCGACAACACAGGUGGAAUCUAGACACAUAUAAAAAACGCUGCGAAAAUGCUUUUUUUAAAAAAAGUUUUGAAAAAUAUAUUGAAUUUGCCCUAAGCUCACCCUUCGCCAUCUAGUGUCACAUUUGUAUACUGCACUUAAAACACACCUAAAACGUUAUAUUUGCAGCUGUAUAGCUGAGUCCACAGUCUGUGUACCGUACCUGUGUUUUGAUACAGCUAAGCUGUGCAAAUCUGCAAAUGUAACACUCUUUUAUAUAAAUAGUUAUACAUGCGUAGACAGCUUGUACCUGUGUUCAGUGUAACGUGUGAACAAGAUGUUCUGAUUUCUGUAAUCUCAGACUGUCAGCAGAAAUGAUCAUUUUUUUGAACUCCCUGGGAACUGUCAUUUGUGCUUAGCAAACCGCUGGUUGUCCAUCUGUGACAAAUUGAAGCACUUUUAAAAUGUUUAUUUCUGCCCGGCUGGCAAAGAGUUAACCCACCUCCAGCCUGACUGGCAUAGAACUCUGAUGGGGGCGGGACUGUGCCCGGUUUGAAAGGAGGGAGUGUCGGUUUUGGUCAGUUAGGAGGGAGAGGGAGGAAGGUGUGGUGUGGUGUUAUGUGGUGGCUUGUAUGAAGACAGUUAAGAGGCUGGGAAAACUUAAAGUUAAAUGUUUGACUGAGUUUAUUUUGUACAACUGGAACAAAGCUAAUUAAUAAAUGACACGUUAAAGAAUCACUUAUGUUUUUAACACAAUAAAACUUCAUCUCUGUUUUUGCCAACAAGAGGUCCGUCUGUAUUUUUCCAGCGAGGUACCAGGACUCACAGCCGUGGUGACUCAAGAGAGGGCAAAACUCACCUCAGGCAGGGAGGUAGUGGUUUGUGUCCUGUAGUUACACGGAGGAGGCUUAGAAGGGUAACCUGAGGUGCCAAGAAGUUGCCAGAGUGCAUAGGGCAAACUUCUACAGUGGGGAAAUCCAACUGAGGGAGACCCUUUACUGGAGGCAAGAGGUUAUUCCUGGGGGACAGCCUAGAGUUUCUUAAGGUACCAGGCCACGCAAGCUGGAAGGCUCUCCUUACUAAGAAACCCAUUAGUAAAAGGGGGUUUAUUUUUGAGGCGGCAGGACCAGAGGGUGGGUGUUUUCCCCUCUGGAUUCCUGUGUCGCAGUGAUAGUAAGGCAGAGUGGGACACGGGUCGUCACAUUUUUGGUGGCAGCGUCGUGAUCGAAAUUCAAAGCUCACGCGCCUAGUUUGGUUUGAGUCUGUCAGGAUUUUCCUGUGAGGAAAAUGACUCACGUAAGAAAACCCAGAGAGGCAAAAGGAGAUGAAAGAAUGGAAGGGGCUGAGGGAAGCCCAGGUUCUGAGGUAGAAGUUAUGAAACUACGAAUUGAGAUGGCCCGAAUUGAAAGUGAGAGAGAAAAAGCAAGGAUUGAAGCUGAAAGUGAGAGGGAAAAAGCUAGAAUUGAAGCUGAGAGGGAAAAGAUGGCAUCUGAGGAGAGAAUGCAGUCAGAGAGGAUAAGGGCACAAUUAGAACAGGACAGAAUGAGGCUUGAAGAGAUACGUUUGCGAUCAGAAUUAACUCAGAGUCCAGUUAAUAAUGAUAGUAUCGCAAUUAAUUUAAAAAGGUUCCCCAAAUUUGGAAAAGACGAUAAUGUCGAAUCGUUUCUAUUUACCUUCGAACGCGUUUGUGUGGAAUUUCAAAUACCUGAGGAGAACUGGAUGCUUUAUUUAAGACCUCAAAUUUGUGGGAUACUAAGUGAAAUUUAUGCUGACCUGAGGGAAGAAGAGCUGUCAAGUUACCAAGUAUUUAAGCAAAGAGUCAGGGUUCGAUGUGGGCUCACGGCUGAACAAAGCAGAAAGGCUUUUCGUGAGGCAAAAAAGGAACAUAAAGAGACUUAUGCCCAACUAGCUAGCCGCUUAGAUAAAUUACUUGACAGAUGGAUUCAAGGGAGUGGAGUGAAGGACUUUGAUGAGUUAAAACAAUUAAUUUGUUUAGAACAAUUUUUUAAGCAAAUCCCUAGCAAUUUACGUUGGUUCUUGAGGGAUAAAAAACUGAAAACUGUGGCACAGGUUGCCGAGGUCUUAGACGAACUACAAGGAGAUUUCAAUGAAAUAGCAUUCCCAAAACACUCACAGAAGGGUAAUCCAUGGAGAAACAGAGAAAUUAAAGACAGGCAAGAAAAUUUUCCUGUCAGGGAAUCAGUUUCUGACAAGACAGGGUCUAAGAAAAUCACUUGUUUUUUCUGUAAUCGUGAGGGCCAUGUACGUGCCAGGUGCCCCCUGCUGGUUAAGUCGCAAACUACACCUACUGCAGCUAAACAAGUAAAACUGGUAAUGCAGUCACAGGAAAAUAGCUCGCCUCAGACAGAAGGCUCAGAGAAAGCAGACCGUCCAGCUGAGACUACUUCUAAGGUCUUGCAGGUCUGGAGGGCUGAGCAGGAGUGCAACCAAGAUUACAUGGAGCCAAUUGAAUUAAAUGGUCAGUCUUUUUUAGGUUUGAGGGACACAGGAGCAGAAGUCUCACUGGUCAAAUCACAAUUUGUUCCAAAGGAGCAGUACCUCAAGGGUCAGUCCUAUAGUUUAAAAGGCAUAUGGGGCCCACAUUUUGAAGUACCAUUAGCUGAAGUGGAUAUUACCUACAAAGGAUUUUGUGGCAAAUGGAGAGUAGGAAUCCUAAAUGAAUUGGAGGUACCCUUUUUAAUAGGGAAUGACCUAGCUAGUCAGAAGCACCGUAUUCAAGUGAUAACUAGGUCACAGUCUCAAGUCACUGAGAGUAAUCCUCCUGCAGUUAUAGAGUCACCCAUAGAGCCUGGUGAGGAUGAAGGGCUGAUUAGCGUGCCAGUGGUCCAGGAGCACGGUGCCCAAUUCUUGAGUGAUCAAAAAGAGGAUGAAACUAUAAAAGAGCUGUGGGGUAAAGCACAAAGUCCUAAUGCCGAAGUAACUGUGGAGAACCCCUGCUUAUUUACCACCAUUGAGGGAAGACUGUAUAGAAUUUCUAGGAGGAGGAAAACUGCUGCUGUUUGGGAAAGGAAGAAACAGUUAGUGUUGCCAAGAGCUUACCGGUUGCAAGUGCUACAAAUGGCACACGACGCACCCUCAGCAGCGCAUCUAGGCAUUAGAAAGACUAGUGAUAGAAUCCAAGCAAGAUUUUACUGGCCUGGGAUGGGCAAGGACAUCCAAGAGUAUUGCAAGUCCUGUGUGAUCUGCCAAAAAGCAGGCAAAAGAGCGGACAAAACGCGAGGCUUGUUACAGUCUAUUCCUGUAAUUACUGAGCCCUUUUCCAGAGUAGGAGUGGACAUCCUCGGGCCUAUCUCCAGAGUUACAAAAAGGGGGAAUAAGUUUAUUUUAUGCCUCGUGGAUUAUGCUACGCGCUAUCCAGAAGCAAUACCUCUAAAGGACAUUGAUUCCAAGACUGUAGCAAAAGCCCUCAUGUCGGUGUUCUUAAGGCUGGGAUUCCCCAAAGAAAUUAUAACAGAUUUAGGGACAUCCUUCACGUCCAAGACCAUGGAAGAGCUUUUAACUCUUUGUGGAAUUAAGCAUGUUAAAACUACGGCUUACCAUCCGCAGUCGAAUGGCUUGACGGAGAAAUUUAAUUCGACCCUGAGCCGGAUGCUAAAAACCUAUUCCAUCAAUCAUCCUAACGACUGGGAUGAGAGGCUGCAACACUUCCUAUUUGGUUAUCGCGAAGUGCCACAGGAGAGCACAGGGUUCAGUCCUUUUGAACUCCUAUUUGGACGACAGCCACAAGGACCCCUAGACUUGAUGAAAGCAGCGUGGUCGGGGGAGGAGCAGAUCGACAGCCCUGAUGUUGUGACGUAUCUACAGGAGCUGCAGAGCGACCUUCAAGAGCUACGGGAGCAAGCUGCUCACAACUUGCAGCAGGCACAGCGUCGACAGAAGCAGUGGUAUGAUGCACACGCAAGAGACAGAACUUUCCAGCCUGGUGACAGUGUGCUCGUGUUAAGAACAAGACGUCGAAAGAAGUUGGAGAUGUCGUGGGACGGUCCCUUCAAAGUGGUCGAGAAGAUAUCUGCGGUGAACUAUUUGGUAGAGUUAGAUGGGGAAGGGAACCGAUGUAAAAAUUUUCAUGUAAACUUACUUAAGCCUUAUUUUGACCGAAAUAAGUUGGUGUUGCAAGUAAAGGGGAAGGUGACCCAAGGAAUUCAUUUAACUGGGUGGGGAGAACUAAGUAAGGGCACAACUCUAGCAGAGGUGUCAUUCGAUGAAAGUCUGACCCCAGAGCAAAAGGAGCAGUUAAAAUUAGUCCUUGCUCAGUUUGCUCAGAUCUUCUCAAACAUCCCAGGGAGGACCAGCCUAGCAACUUAUAAAAUAGACACAGGGUAAGCACAUAAGUGGGAAGGAAAACAUCAUAGCGGACGCUUUGUCUAGGUAUAUUUUUGAGAGGUAUAGAAUGGUGCAAAGUAUUAUAUGAAACGGUAAUAACCCUAGCAGAACAUUUGUGCUUAGGCAUUAUAGUCUGACACAUGCCAAACAUGGUUUAUCUGUGUACAAGUUUAUGAGAUGUUAAUUUAGUUGACUUUGUAAUAUGAAUGUUAUAGAAUGCAUUGAAGUAUUUUUUUAACCCCAAGCCCAUUGCUUUGGCAUUGCUCUAGUUAGUUAAGAGCAAGCCGACGCAAUGUCUUUGUGGUGGGGGAGAUAUGUGACAAAUUGAAGCACUUUUAAAAUGUUUAUUUCUGCCCGGCUGGCAAAGAGUUAACCCACCUCCAGCCUGACUGGCAUAGAACUCUGAUGGGGGCGGGACUGUGCCCGGUUUGAAAGGAGGGAGUGUCGGUUUUGGUCAGUUAGGAGGGAGAGGGAGGAAGGUGUGGUGUGGUGUUAUGUGGUGGCUUGUAUGAAGACAGUUAAGAGGCUGGGAAAACUUAAAGUUAAAUGUUUGACUGAGUUUAUUUUGUACAACUGGAACAAAGCUAAUUAAUAAAUGACACGUUAAAGAAUCACUUAUGUUUUUAACACAAUAAAACUUCAUCUCUGUUUUUGCCAACAAGAGGUCCGUCUGUAUUUUUCCAGCGAGGUACCAGGACUCACAGCCGUGGUGACUCAAGAGAGGGCAAAACUCACCUCAGGCAGGGAGGUAGUGGUUUGUGUCCUGUAGUUACACGGAGGAGGCUUAGAAGGGUAACCUGAGGUGCCAAGAAGUUGCCAGAGUGCAUAGGGCAAACUUCUACAGUGGGGAAAUCCAACUGAGGGAGACCCUUUACUGGAGGCAAGAGGUUAUUCCUGGGGGACAGCCUAGAGUUUCUUAAGGUACCAGGCCACGCAAGCUGGAAGGCUCUCCUUACUAAGAAACCCAUUAGUAAAAGGGGGUUUAUUUUUGAGGCGGCAGGACCAGAGGGUGGGUGUUUUCCCCUCUGGAUUCCUGUGUCGCAGUGAUAGUAAGGCAGAGUGGGAC